AUGGUGUCCUGGAUCAUCUCCCGCCUGGUGGUGCUCGUCUUCGGCACCCUGUACCCAGCCUAUUCUUCCUACAAAGCCGUGAAGACAAAAAACGUGAAGGAAUACGUGAAGUGGAUGAUGUACUGGAUCGUCUUUGCCUUCUUCACCACGGCCGAGACACUCACCGAUAUCGUGCUCUCCUGGUUCCCCUUCUACUUUGAGCUCAAGAUCGCCUUUGUGAUAUGGCUGCUGUCCCCUUACACCAAGGGCUCCAGCGUGCUCUAUCGCAAGUUCGUGCACCCGACGCUGUCCAACAAGGAGAAGGAGAUCGACGAGUACAUCAGCCAGGCCCGAGACAAGAGCUAUGAGACCAUGAUGAGGGUGGGCAAGAGGGGCCUGAACUUGGCCGCCAAUGCUGCGGUCACAGCUGCUGCCAAGGGCCAGGGGGUGCUGUCAGAGAAGCUGCGAAGCUUCAGCAUGCAGGACCUGACCCUGAUCCGGGACGAGGACUCCCUGCCCCUGCACGGGCCCGACGGCCAGCUCCGCCCCGGCCCCGGCGGCCUCCUGGACACCAUUGAGGACCCAGGAGAUGACCCCGCCCCGAGUUUAAGGCCUAGCACGCACCAGGCCGAUUCCCGGACAGAAACCUCCGAGGAGGAUGUGGGAGACAAGGCCCCUAAGAGGCUCAAACCCGUCAAAAAAGUGCCCAAAACCGAGCCCCUGGCUUCCAGGACGGUGAAGGCCCGGCCCAAGAAGAAGGCCUCAGGCGGGGGUGACUCGGCUUGA